CUUGUUUUGCGACAUUCUAUCAACCAUGGAAGAGGACUGUCAGAAAUAUGCUAUUAUGGAUAUAAAUAAUCUGAUAACAAAAACCGGGUUGUUCUCCUUUUAUAUGACUAGCAUGAUCAUGUCCUCAUAUCUGGUGUCUGCGGUUUGUUAUCUUGCCGGCGCUAUUGCAUUUCAAGGAACAAACGAUUCAAUGUCUCGAGAGCUUCUUUUGAAAAUGGAUUUACCAUUCGAAACGAGUAAAUCCCCGAAUUACGAACUUGUGGUUACCACACAAUUUAUUAUUCAUUUCUCAGCGGCCCUUGCGUUCGGGACGUUCACUGCCCUGCUUUUCAUGAUGAUACUGCAUUUAGGGUGUCAAAUCGACAUAAUGUGCCAGAAUCUAACAGAUGUUUUUCCUAAAAAUGAAAACAAGUUAAAAUUUUUUAUUAUUAGAUAUCAAGAAAUCAUUACUUUUGCAGAGAAAAUUGAGAAACUUUUUACGUAUAUAGCUCUUAGCCAACUUGUAUCAAAUACAGUUAAUACUUGCUGCGAAGGAUUCCUCAUUGUACUUGCUGUAAACGAUGAGAGUGGACUUGCUAUUGAUAUACUCAUCAAAUCUAUUUUAUUUUACAUAGUUAUUUGCUUAGAAGUUUUCAUAUAUUGUUUCGCUGGGGAAUAUCUUCGCACUAAGAGCCAAUUAAUCGGCGACACUGCGUACAAUAUGCUCUGGUACGAUUUACGUCCAAACAAGAGUCGACUUCUGAUACCUGUUAUAUUAAGGUCUCAAAAAGGUUUCACAUUGACUUUCGGAAAAUUUUCAAACCUUUCCCUGGAAAGCUUCACAGGCAUUAUGAAGGUUUCAGCGUCAUAUAUGUCGGUACUUCUGGCAUUAUACUGAGAAAUAUAAAUGGAAAUUUCGAUGUGGAAUUAUCGUAUCAAGUGUGCAAUCGAUUUAAAUCUAGUUAUUGUUGUCUGGAUUACUAUAAAAAAAAAUUACAAAAAGAAAAAGAAUAUCAUUGUUGUAUUAAUAAUGAAAAAUAAAUAGUAUAUAUAGUGUUAAGGUGUACUUAUUUAACAUAUGGUAUACCUCGUAUUUGAUAAUUUUCGUUUGUAAAUAUUUAUGACGAUGCGUUUAAAGAGAUGUUGUUUAAUAGGACAGCGUAUUUAUAACUAUUACGAAGGAAGAUAUGUAAAGUGAUGAUAAAUAAAUGACAACAAUCUAAAGAUUCUUUUGUAAAGUCAUUUAUCGUUGAUAUCGUGUGUAUCUCUAAAAUAUUCUCGACUCCUUUAUGAAUUAUUCUGAUCAUUACGAGAGGUCACUAUGAAAAAUGGUAAAAGUGUAUAGUAACUGUAAGUUUCUAUGAAGUCGACACGCAAUUAAGUGUAUAUAUGGGUAAACAUUCGAAAUUGUCAAAACAGGCUGUCUUGAAAAUUAAGCCAUAGACAAAAAUCUUAUCUUUUCCUGAAUUUUUUUCUACGCUCUCGAUUCGUCUUUUAUAAUUUGAUAUAAGAUAGCAAGUAAUAUUUUGAAAAAGUAACAAAUAAUUGAGUGAAAAAUUACAUGACUCUAAAAAUAAGAUAUCAUUGAACAUAGACGAGUAUAAAAAAGUUUUUGAACAUAUUUACGCACCUCCAAAUGGGGAAUACUUAGGUGCUACGAUGUAGAACGUUGUCUACAAAGCUAUGUUACCGAACAUCGGUGAAAUACUAUACGCGUAUUAUAUUAUGUUAGAUAUUAUUUAGAUACUUCAUGUUGGCGGACAAAUAGAAAUAUUACACGAAGCUCUAGAAAAUAUUCCUGUCAAAGAUAGAAAACA